UUUUCUCCUGUAUCAUAGCGUCCUGCGUUGUGUAACCUGUUGUCUAUGCCUGUCUGCCUGCAAGCCAUAUUUCAUCAAUUAAAGCAACUUCACUACAUCAGCCUGUCUUUGUGUCUGCAUUCAGGUCCUCCCUGCCUUUGCUGUUAUCAGCAAUUGUGACCGUACAACCCUACCAAAGUAGACUGAGUUGACCUCAUAUUUGAUCCUCAGCCUUGAUUCACUUCAACUGUACUGCCAAGGUACUUCCAGCUUUAAGGGGAAGUUGCAGCCAUGUCAUGUCAAGAACUUUCACUGGCAAAACGUUUGGAAGAUAAUUUGUAGAUUGCCAGUGAAAGUUCUUGCAAUCUCAGUGUUUGUGGCCUGUUACCACAGCGCCUGUUAGCCACCAGCCUCUCUCCCAGUUGGCUAAUCAUCAGCAUGAAGCCCCAGUUGGCUAGCAAUCGGCCUGCUUGCCUCCAGUCUGCAUGUGAGCCAACUACUCUACAGCCUGCGCUCCAGUCAGCUAGUCUCCAGCCUGCUAGCCUGCGCUCGACAAGUCCUGUCUGCCCCUGUCCCCCAGCCAGCUAGCAUCCUGUCUGUUCCUGACUCUGAAGACCUUGAUUAGUCCCCUUUCUUUGGGACUCACCUUACUUUUGCUGGGAAGUAUCUAGGGGUCAGAUACUCCUGAAGGUGGCAUGGUUCGCGUAGACAUCAGUUUCCUUGUUCCUGAGAUGGGGGUUCCAGCCGAUAUCAAGCCUGUUCCCGAUCUGUUCCUGAGGCCUUAUGCUCAACCUCCGGAGGGAUCUUGUCCUUACCACUGCAAGACUCUCCGGGCCUUCCUCCUGAGGUUUCCUCCCCAGCCUCUGCUCUACCCAUGGACUGUCUGCCUGAGACAGACAUGUUUAUCCCUUCAUCUCCCCAGACCUGCCAUUCUCUAUCCGCCCAGCCCCCGGACUUUUUCCUGUCUUCAAUUCCACUUGCUCACCUGUUUGCCAUUUGCAAUUCGCUGGCCUUCCCUGCCCACUCACACACCUGUUCCUAGUUACCUCAUCACCCUGGUCACUAUUUAACCCUGUCAUUUUCACCAACUGCUUGUCGGUUUGUCUGCUUAUGUUUCCAUGUGUUCUCCUAUAUGCUAGCGACCUGUGUUUUGUAACCUUUGGUCGACAUCUGCCUGCCUGCCUGCCCUUCUACCUGACUGUGUCUGCCUGCCUGCUUGUCAAUCUGUCAUGUCAACCUGUCUGCCUGUAAUUGAGUUUGAUGACGGCUCAGGCUCAGUGCUGCGUAUCCAGCCUUUGAGGACCCACCGUGACGAAGCCAUCUAUGAAUGCACAGCCACCAACAGUGUGGGAGAGAUCAACACCAGUGCCAAACUCACUGUCUUAGAGGAAGACCAGAUCCCGCAUGGUUUCCCUACCAUAGACAUGGGGCCCCAGCUCAAGGUUGUGGAGAGAACCCGUACUGCUACGAUGCUGUGUGCAGCCAGUGGCAACCCUGACCCAGAGAUCUACUGGUUCAAAGAUUUCCUACCUGUGGACAUCAGCAGCAGCAACGGACGCAUUAAGCAGCUGCGUUCAGGAGCACUUCAGAUUGAGAACAGCGAGGAAUCAGACCAGGGCAAGUACGAGUGCGUGGCAGUCAACAGUGCCGGGACUCGCUACUCGGCUCCAGCUAACCUUUAUGUUCGAGUUCGUCGUGUGCCUCCCCGCUUCUCCAUCCCCCCCACCAAUCACGAGGUGAUGCCUGGCGGCAGCGUCAACCUGACCUGUGUGGCAGUCGGCGCUCCCAUGCCUUAUGUCAAGUGGAUGACUGGCGAGGUGGAGCUGACCCGAGAGGAGGAGAUGCCUAUUGGCCGCAACGUCCUGGAGCUCACCAACAUCCGACAGUCUGCCAACUAUACCUGCGUGGCCAUAUCAUCCCUGGGCAUGAUUGAAACCACGGCCCAGAUCACUGUCAAAGCACUGCCCAAGCCACCCACUUCCCUCACUGUGACAGAAACCACAGCAACAAGUGUCACCCUGACCUGGGACUCUGGCAACCCAGAACCGGUGUCCUACUAUGUGAUCCAGUACCGUGCUAAACUGUCUGACAACGGCUUCCAGGAAGUAGACGGAGUAGCCACCACCCGAUACAGCAUCGGUGGCCUCAGCCCCUUUUCUGAAUACGAGUUUCGUGUCAUGGCUGUCAACAACGUCGGCCGGGGACCCCCCGGUGGUAUUGUGGAAACCCGUACGAGCGAGCAAGCACCCUCAUCACCUCCUCUUCACGUCCAGGCACGCAUGCUGAGUUCCAGCACCAUGUUAGUCCAAUGGGAACCUCCAGAGGAGCCCAAUGGCCAAAUCCGGGGCUACAGGGUUUACUACAGCUCCACACAUGACGUCCCACUCAACGCCUGGCAGAAACACAACACAGAUGAUAGCCAGCUCACCACCAUCUCAGGCCUGACCACAGAUAUCACCUACAGCCUGAGAGUGCUGGGGUUCACCUCUGUGGGAGACGGUCCUCCUUCUGAUGUUCUGCAGAUCAAGACCCAGCAGGGAGUUCCAGCUCAGCCAUCUGGUUUUGAGGCUGAGGCUGAGCUGGAUUCACGCAUCAUGCUGUCAUGGCUUUGGCCUGUCCAGGAGCCAAUCAUUAGCUUUGAACUGCUCUACUGGGAGGCCAACAAUCCCACAGACAAGCAUCGUGUCACUUUUAAUCCAGCAGGCUCCUAUGCAGUUGAUGGUCUAAAGCCAGAUACACUCUACAUGUUUUCCCUGGCAGCACAAUCUGAGAUGGGUUUAGGAGUCUUUACUCAGCCUAUUGAGGCCAGGACUGCCCAAUCCACCCCUUCAGCCCCUCCCCAGGAGGUACACUUGCUCAGCCUCAGCUCCACCGGCAUCAAGGUGAGUUGGGUAGCACCACCCACGGACAGCUGCCAUGGGGAGAUAGUGCGCUACUCCCUAGCCUACCAAGCACUCACAGGGGAGGACAUGGAGCGCCACCAGGUGUCAGGGAUUGGUGCUGAUGUCACCAGCUACGUGCUGGAGGACCUGGAGAAGUGGACGGAAUAUAUGGUGUGGGUGAGGGCUCACACUGACGUUGGGCCUGGCCCAGAGAGCCCCGCAGCCCGCAUCAGAACCAAGGAAGAUGUGCCUGGAGCUCCUCCCAGGAAGGUGGAGGUGGACACCCUCAACUCCACUGCCCUCAGGGUGACCUGGAAACCUCCCCUGUCCGUGAAGCAGCAUGGCCAGAUCAGAGGCUACCAGCUGGUCUACUCCAGGCUAGAGAAAGGGGAGCCUCAUGGCCAACCGAUGAUUAUGGACGUUUCCCUCCCUGAAGCCCAGGACGCGAUUAUAAUAGGUCUGCUCCCAGACACUACCUACUCUUUGACUGUGGCUGCGUAUACCACCAAAGGCGAUGGAGCUCGCAGCAAGGCCAAGGUGGUCACCACUACAGGAGCAGUGCCUGGUAAGCCUACUAUGAUGAUCAGCACCACCAUAGGGAACACUGCACUGAUCCAGUGGCAGCCCCCUAAGGAGAUGGUGGGGGAGCAUGUGGGAUACCAGCUGCAGUACAAGAGAGCAGAGGAGGAAGCUUUCACUAUCAAAGACUUCAGAAAGAUAGACGAUCAUUUCACAGUCACCGGCCUCCACAAGGGAGCCACCUACAUCUUCAAACUGUGCGCCAAGAACCGAGCAGGCAACGGAGAGGAAUAUGUGAAGGAGAUCAGCACCCCUGAAGACAUUCCCAGCAGCUACCCGCAGAAUCUGAGUGUGGUAGGCCUAACUGCCAGCUCCACCCAGCUGGCCUGGGACCCCCCUCCUCUGGCCGAGAGGAACGGGAAGAUUGUGAAGUACAUGGUGGUGUAUCGAGAUAUCAAUAGCCAGCACAACAACACCAACAUUACCACAGAAACACAGAUGACCGUCAAAGGUUUGCAGCCUGACACAACCUACGACAUCAGAGUCCAAGCUUUCACCAGUAAGGGGGGAGGUCCCAUCAGCCCUAGCAUCCAGAGCAGGACCAUGUCCACUUCCAUGCCAGACCUUCCUCCAGUGUUCACCAAGAACUUUGGUGUGAAGGCUGUGAUGAAAACCUCUGUCCUGCUGACCUGGGAAGUGCCAGAAUCCUACAAAUCUCAAGUGCCUCUUAAGAUCCUGUAUAACCAGCAGAGUGUGGAGGUUCAAGGUAACCUGAAGAGGAAGUUGAUCACACAACUGCAGCCAGAUACUGAUUAUUCCUUUGUGCUGAUGAGCCGGGGGAACAGUGCCGGCGGCCUCCAGCAGCAAGUUUCCAUCCGAACAGCUCCAGACCUGCUAAAGAUGAAACCUGCUCGAUACCAACACGAUGUGGAGGACGGUAGUAGAGUGACUGUCAGUCUGCCCAGGGCCCCUGCUGGAGCCCCUGUCAGGUGGUACUACAUAGUGGUUGUCCCAGUCACCCCGGCUUCUCUUAGCAGAUGGGAGAACCCAGAAGACAUGGACAUGCAUGAGCUCCUAGAGGCUGGCGCUGACAGCAGUCUGCAGAGAAAGAGGAGACAGAGCCAGGACUUCCUGCAGCCCUACAUUGCAGCAAAGCUGGAUACUCUGCCUGAGAUCUUCACUCUGGGUGAUGAGAAGAAAUACAAUGGCUACUACAACAAACCUCUCCCUGGCCAGCAGCAGUAUCGCUGCUUUGUCAUGGCUGACCUGACAGACAACGAGUAUCAGAGAACUUUUGCGGCGAGCCCAUUCUCCGAGCCAUUCAUGGUGAAGCUCCAGAGUGGGAUGACCCGACAAACUGAGGACCCAGAGAUGCUGUGGGUGAUGGGUCCAGUCCUGGCUGUCAUUCUCAUCAUCAUCAUAGUCAUUGCUAUUCUACUCUUCAAGAGCAAACAAGAAAGGAAGCGAACAUCUCCAGCCAAGGAUGAGCACAUCGCAGGGGUCAAGGACUCACUACUGGAUCACUCCUCAGACCCUGUGGAGAUGAGGAGACUCAACUAUCAGACACAAGGUUCCAGUGGCCUCAGUUGCCCAAACACUCCAAGGAUGAGAGAACAUCCUCCCAUUGCUGUCCCUGACCUGGGAGACCACAUAGAGAGACUCGGGGCCAACGAUGGUCUGCGCUUCUCUCAGGAAUACGAGUCUAUUGAUCCAGGACAGCAGUUCACCUGGGAGAACUCCAACCUGGAGGUCAACAAGCCAAAGAACCGCUAUGCCAAUGUUAUCGCCUACGACCACUCCAGGGUCAUCCUCACACCAGUGGAUGGAGUUCCAGGUAGCGACUACAUCAACGCUAAUUACAUUGAUGGCUACAGGAAGCAGAAUGCUUACAUCGCCACACAGGGGCCACUGCCGGAGACAUUGAGUGACUUCUGGAGGAUGGUGUGGGAGCAGAGAACCUGCACCAUCAUUAUGAUGACCCGCCUAGAGGAGAAGUCACGGGUUAAGUGUGACCAGUAUUGGCCCAGUCGAGGCACAGAGACAUAUGGGAUGAUUCAGGUGACCAUGCUGGACACUGUGGAGCUGGCUACGUACAAUUUACGCACAUUUGCCCUCUAUAAGAAUGGCUCGAGUGAGAAGAGAGAAGUUCGACAGUUCCAGUUCAUGGCCUGGCCUGACCAUGGAGUGCCUGAGUAUCCAACCCCAACACUGGCCUUUCUACGCAGAAUCAAGGCCUGCAACCCUCCAGACGCUGGACCCAUGGUGGUUCACUGCAGUGCUGGUGUGGGCCGGACAGGCUGCUUCAUUGUGAUCGAAGCCAUGCUGGAGAGGAUGAAACACGAGAAGUCGGUGGACAUUUACGGUCAUGUCACAUGUAUGCGAGCCCAGAGGAACUAUAUGGUGCAGACAGAGGAUCAGUACAUAUUCAUCCACGAGGCCCUGCUUGAAGCUGCAACAUGUGGCAACACAGAGGUCCCUGCCCGCAACCUUUACGCCCACAUCCAGAAGCUCACCCAGAUCCCUCCUGGAGACACUGUCUCCACCAUGGAACUGGAGUUUAAGAAACUGGCCAAUUCUAAAGCACAUACCUCAAGAUUCAUCAGUUCCAACCUGCCGUGUAACAAAUUCAAGAACCGCCUGGUGAACAUCAUGCCUUUUGAGUCCACACGUGUCUGCCUGCAGCCAAUCAGAGGGGUGGAGGGCUCCGACUACAUCAACGCCAGCUUCAUUGACGGAUAUAGGCAGCAGAAAGCAUACAUGGCCACCCAGGGCCCAUUAGCUGAGACCACAGAGGACUUCUGGAGAAUGUUAUGGGAACACAACUCCACCAUUGUAGUCAUGCUCACCAAACUCCGCGAGAUGGGACGGGAAAAGUGCCAUCAGUACUGGCCUGCCGAGCGCUCUGCACGCUACCAGUACUUUGUUGUGGACCCCAUGGCAGAGUACAACAUGCCUCAGUACAUCUUGAGAGAGUUCAAGGUCACAGACGCCAGGGAUGGUCAGUCGAGGACCAUCAGGCAGUUUCAGUUCACUGACUGGCCAGAGCAAGGAGUGCCAAAAACUGGCGAGGGAUUCAUUGACUUCAUUGGCCAAGUUCAUAAAACUAAGGAGCAAUUUGGACAGGAUGGACCAAUCACUGUGCACUGCAGUGCUGGUGUUGGGCGGACUGGUGUGUUCAUCACCUUGAGUAUCGUCUUGGAGAGGAUGAGGUACGAGGGAGUGGUCGACCUCUUCCAGACCGUCAAGACGCUCCGAACUCAGAGGCCAGCCAUGGUGCAGACAGAGGACCAGUACCAACUGUGCUACCGGGCUGCUCUGGAGUACCUGGGAAGCUUUGAUCACUAUGCAACAUAACCCCAACCAGAAAGACACUCUCGGAAGAAUUUGGUGUCUUCUCUGAGCCAUAUCCACUCAGCUCCAUCAGUCCUUGCAGCCUGAUGAGGAGGUUACAAGGAGGACUGAUGAGGAGGUGAACACAGCACGAAACAGGGAAGAUUAGAAGAAAGAGGAGAGGAGAUGGGACCGCCUCCCACUGGACUUGUGCCAUGAUUCUGCCACUGACCCAACACCCAAACCUCCCAAAAACUAACCCUGAAAACCUCGUAGUCAUGCCGCAUUCUGAUUCUUGACUGAAUACUUCCAUCACUUCCCAAUUUCUGCCUCCUCCUAAUAGCAAAAACUAUUUUUUUGCUAUUUUCGUUUAUAUUCAUCAUUACUAUGUUGUUAUGAAUAUUUAGAAAUUAUUUUGUAAUCACUUACCAUGGUUAUUAUAUGUCUUAAUGGGUCUUUUUUUAAUUUUACUUAUCUUUUUAUUAUUUUUAUUAGCACAGAUGACAUGUAUUUUCAACAUGCUCAAAGUUAUUAAUACUGGAGAGCAUAUACUCACAGCUGCUAAUAAUUUUAUUUUGUACCAUAGAUAUGAUAUUCUAAAGUGAUCAUUACUUAGUGGGCCCUGAUUUAGAGGGAAAUGUGGGUUUUGACUUAAUGUCUUUACUUCCAACAGAGUGAUAAUGAUAAUAUCUACCAACAGACAAAGUUUGUGAAUUACAGUGUGAAAUAAACCUAUGGCUAUAAACUUGCAAAGACUAGUCACGUGGGCUGCACUUGGUAAAUGGACAGCACUUAAAGAGCAAUUUUCUAGUCUCAUCGUCUACUCAAAAGCGCUUUACACUACUGCCACAUCCACCCAUUCACACACACAUUCAUACAGCGCUCUUUUCUAUACAUACUGCGCUUUCUACACAAACACACAGUUGGGGGGCAAUUUGGGCUUCGAUAUCUUGCCCAAUGGACACUUUGACAUGCCAACCCAAGGAGCCGGGGAUCGAACCACCAAGCUUGCUGUUAGUGGACGACCUGCUCUACCUCCUGAGCCACAGCCGCCACAUCUGAACAACUGCUAGCAUGUACAGAGUUUCUUGUCCAUAAAUGUUGACUGAUUUUCUCACAGCCUUCAGAGACCAGGAAAAAUUCCAACACAAGAAAUAGAAAGCUGUUGGAAAGGUUGGAUACACAAUAGUUUUCACAUCCCUUCUUAACAUGGACUCAGGCAGACCGGACACCCUAUUCUUGAGAGUUUUUGUGAAAUAAGUGUGACGAUGUAAAUUGCGGAUCACAUGCUCCAUGCAUGAAAAAAGAAAAGAAAUCGAUUAUGAGACCAGAGAAGAAUUCCAUCACCCCAGUUUAUGACCAGAUGUCUUCUUCUUAGAGCACUGGACCAAGACUCAAUGCCGAACUUAAAUCAAAUUGGUUUAGUUGCGAAACCUUGAAAGGUAAGACUGGCUUUCUUCUAUAUUUUCUUUGUGUCACCUAAUCCCAAGUAAAGACUUAAACCAACAAUUUGUUAGUCCGUCUCUCAAUAUUUUAUGACUUCCCUACCCUGUCUGUGGCUCUUAGCACCAAGCUGUUCCCAUCAAAAACAUACAUUUUUUACUGAAAUUUUUAAAAAGGUUCAGUAAUUUCCUAUAACAGGGUGACACUGUAGUUUUUGGCGGAUAUUUCUCAAAACAGGAGGAAAUGCAUUUGUUUGGGACUAUUUUCAGCACCGGACGCAUCCUGAUUUGAUGCUCUAGUGAGUGUUUGGGGCAGCAGGACAGCUUAUGUGGGACUGAGUCAAAAUAAACUACAGUGUUUUCACCCAGUGGAUCAGCGUGGCUCUCUGAUGUGUUUUAAUAGUGCAUGGACAACAACUGAGCUGUGUGGAACAGAGGAAUAAGAUAUGUCUCUCUUUGAUACACAGACACUACUUGUUAGUAGAAUCAAUUCAUUGUUGGUUUGGGUCUGCACAUGGGAUUUCUUGAUAGAGCAAACAUUUAGAAUAUCAUUGGAAUUUUCCUUUGAACAAAGCUUAAAUCUAUAUUCCUUGAUUUUGUUAGAACAGCUAACAACCUGUCAAUGUUUUCAAACCAACACAGUUCUCAGCUGAAUUUUAAAGCAUUAACAGUGAGUUUGGAGGAAAUUUGGGAUUUGGGGGGCACUAUUAGAUCAUGUGCGAAAAAUCAAAAAGUAUGACGGGCCAGCUCAACAAAAUCACAGAAAAAACCUAUUUUAUCAAUUACCUUUAGGUUGCCUUCAGCCAACCAGAUUUUUUAUAAUUAAAAAAUGCUGUGUGUAAAUGGCAAUCUGGUCUUCUGUGCUCAUACUCAUUUCACAAAAUUUCUGGAUAUUUUGUUGAUACAAAAAUAACGCAUUUGUUGUCAAGUCAAUGGAGUAUGGACUGUGUACCAUUACAUCAUGGACCACAUGUACUGCACCCAACAGGACGCUCGACAUCAUGCAGCAAAGUGUAGUGAUGUUUGUGAUCCCCACACAUUUCUGACUCAUCAUAGGACUAGCACCUUUCUGUUCGCAUACGAGGCUUUAUAUGUACAUGACACACAAGCAGUUUACAGGAUCCCAAUUCAUGAUAUAUUUACAGUUUAAUUAUUUUAUCACUGUGUUUGCAGGCAGACAGACUAGUAACUCAGAGCAGCAUCAGUGUUCAGUGGUGGAUAUCUGUGGUUUUCAAUGGAUGAGAUGACACAGUGAGGUGGUUUUGGGUGGAGUCUAUGGGGUCCUAUCUGUUGUAUACAUGAUCUGUUUUCUAUUUGUUAAUAAAAAGCAGAGAAAAAUGUCUUGAAAACCUUGAUGUUAAUAAAGUUGUAUA